UGUCCGCCCGCCCGCUCGGCGCUGCCGGGGCCGCUGCGGAGCCUCCGCGAGGGAGACGGGAGAGUCGGCGCCGCUGCUGCCGCCUGGGUGAGCUCGGGGUGCCCCGGGCGCUCGGCGGGUAAGCCGAGUCUAGGCAUGGGCCUGAUCUUCGCCAAGCUGUGGAGCCUCUUCGGUAGCCAAGAGCACAAAGUAAUCAUAGUGGGACUUGAUAAUGCUGGAAAGACUACUAUUCUUUACCAGUUCUUAAUGAAUGAAGUGGUUCAUACUUCUCCAACCAUAGGAAGCAAUGUAGAAGAAAUAGUGGUGAAAAACACUCAUUUCUUAAUGUGGGAUAUUGGAGGGCAAGAAUCAUUACGGUCAUCGUGGAAUACCUAUUAUUCAAACACAGAGUUCAUCAUUCUGGUUGUUGACAGCAUCGAUAGAGAGCGACUUUCUAUUACAAAGGAAGAACUUUAUAGAAUGCUGGCUCAUGAGGAUUUACGGAAGGCUGCGGUUCUCAUCUUUGCGAACAAGCAGGACAUGAAAGGCUGCAUGACGGCUGCCGAGAUAUCCGCGUACCUCACCCUCAGCUCCAUAAAGGAUCACCCGUGGCACAUCCAGUCCUGCUGUGCUUUGACAGGAGAGGGAUUAUGCCAAGGCUUGGAGUGGAUGACCUCCCGUAUUGGAGUGACAAAGAGGUUCAGGAUCCCCAAAGCAGGGAUUCUUUCCAGAUCUUUAAACACACUGCAUGCAGUAAGGUGAAGAGGACUUGGGCACAGCUGCUCAAAAUAUUUGUCAUCAAAAUAAAAUUGAGUUGUUCUGCGAAGUUGGAUGGGGUUUUUGUUUGUGAGUAC